AUGUCGGGCCUCUCAUCGGACUUAUUGCUGGCAAUUCCAGCCAGCACGGCGCAGAUGGCCAUGCUAUCGUCGCCCAGCCGCUCGCCGCGGUCGGCGGUGGUUAGCACUGCUGAAGUGAGUCCGCGAGGUAGGAGGUUCCGAGCGGCCAUCGACAUCAUCAUUGCGCGAACCGUCGAGUCCUUCUUCGACCUCCCGCCUUCCACCUCGCUCGCGUCGCCGCACAAGCCUCGCUCGCGUUCCGCCGCACAAGCGAGUCAGAGGGGCUUGACUGCGGGUGCUAGGGGGGGAGAUGCGGUGGGGAAUGGCGGUGGUAGUGGGCGCAUGUCGCCGUCCGCAGGAGCAUUAGGGCGAGGGUCUGGCAGUGCGGAGGAUGGCGAGGCGGACACGCCCAAAUUCGCUCUCAAGUCACCAGGCUCAUAUUCCCCUCGAGGCCGACCGCCUUCUCUGCCUUUUGAUGUCGACUUCCCGGCUCUGCUCGGAUCCCGCCCACUGCAAGCCUCACCCAAACGCGCCUCUCCAGCGCCCUCCUCCUCCCCCACCUCCUCCUCCAUCUCAUCCGCCUUCACCUUCCCCCCUGCGUCAGCCGCGCCAGGCACUCUCACCUCUCCGCCCUUGUCCUUCCCCUCCGCCUCCGCCUCCUCCGCGUCGUCGUCAACGCCCUCGGAUUCCGCAGCUGCACCCGCCGCGCCCGCCAUGGCGCUCCACCAGCCGCUCUGCUUCCCGGGUGCGCAGCCCGUGCAUCCGCCUGAUGACGCGCCGUCCCUCGCCGCCGCGUUCGCUGCAGCCAAGUCCGCGCAGGCUGCUGCCUGCAAGUCCCCCGUCGCCUCGCCUCUCUCCUCCCCCAGCCCAUCCCCCUGCCCCACGCCAUCCCGUCGCCGCCUGCCGCCGUUCCCAGAGCCGCCAAUGGCGGCGUGUCUAUUCGACGCCAUGGACAAGCUUCUCUCCGUCUCCACAGGGGUGGCGGAGCUUGCCGCACCCCCGCCACCCUCCCUCGCCUCUCUAGCCGCAGUUUCAGAUUCUCCUGCUUCCGGCGCUCUGGGCCCUCUGUGGGCGUCAGCCGCGGGAGGAGGUGGGGGGAAGGGGCUGGCAGGAGGAGGCAUGGGGGGACUGGAAGGGCUCAUGGGCGGUCUCCACCUGCUUGCCGCAACCUCUGGUGGUGCCGCUGCCUCUGCUUCUGGCGCUGGGGGAGGCAUUGGCGCUGGCAGUGGGGGAGGCGGUGGCGGAAGCAGAGGGGCGGGCAGUGGUGGGGGCCAGGCGCGCACGCUGCUAGGCCUGGUGGACCCUCGGGAGGCGGCCACUGCAGUGGCGCCGUCUAAGAGCCGCAGGCAGAUGGAGGCGCUGAGGAAGGCGCGGCAGGCGGGGCGCGGGGGACAGCUGGGGCUGGUGACUGGCGCUGCUGAGAGCAGCGGGGGAGGCCACUUGGGACUCGUUGCGGGCUCGUCUGGCGGUGCUGGCGGCGGCGCAGGGGGAAAGGGCGGGGGAGGCGGAGGGGGACAUUUGGGUCUUGUGACCAGCUCCACCAAGGGGGCUGCAGGGGGUCAGCUAGGGCUCGUUUCUCGUUCUCUCGAUAGCAGGGGUGGUACCAGCAAGGGCGUUGCAGGUGCGGGAAGAGGAGGGCCUAGGCAAGGGAAGGCAGGGGCGAGGGGGCACGGUUUGGGGCUGGAAGUGAGCGGGCAGCAGGGAAGGGAUGGUAGCAGGGAACGAGGUGGUCAGGGGGGCGAAGCAGAAACCUUGCUAGAUGAGAAGGCACGGGCGGAGAGGGAGAGGGAGGAGCGGGAGCGGCGGGUGGUGGAGGAGCAUGGGAGGGCGGUGGCGGCGGUGGAGAGCAUGUCUCAGGCGGACCGAGUGACGUUCGAUGGGCCGCUCGUGGACGGCCUCUCCGCGCCCCUGCAGCUCCCCAGCUUCCACGGCAAAGCCCUGCCCUGGCGCCGCAACAAGGCGCCCCCGCCCUUUGCAGCCGGCGCGCAUGUUGUUAACGCGAUUUUGCAAGCGGAGCGGGAGGGAGCGGAUGGCGCAGGGCCUAUUCAAUCCAGUGAAGCUACAGCAGCAGCAGCAGCAGAAGUAACAGCGGGAACAGGGACUGUAGCAGGAGCAGCAGCAGUGGGCAGAGGGCAAGGCGGAAGGGCCAACAUGAACGAGCCACCAGUUGCGGCAGCAAAGGAGCAAGAAUUGAGUGCUGUUGGAGAGGCACAGCUUCCCACCAUGAGCCUUGCUGCUGCCUUUGGAGGGCUGGCCUUGGCAUCUCAAGGGGAGGACGCGGGCCAAGGGAGUUUUGGCAUUGGCGCUGGCUGGGGGGCAAGUAGUGGUAGUGGCGAUGAGAGUGGUGGUGGCAUGGGAGGUGGUGGUGAUGGUGGGUUCAUGGGUGCGUUCGACUCUCUAUUUAAUGCGUCGGCUGGUGCUGGCGGCGCAAUGGGCUUGCACAUGCAACCGCUGCAAGCCCAUCAAGUGGAAAGUGUGGGGGAUGGGCUGGGAGAGGCAGGCGAGGCAGCAACCAGGAAUGUGAGGCGUGCAGUAAAAGACGAGAGCAGGGAGAGAGAGAGGGAGCGGGAGGAGAGGGAGAGGGAGGAGAGUGAGCGGGAGGAGAGGGAGAGGGAGGAGAGGGAGCGGCGGGUGGUGGAGGAGCAUGGGAGGGCGGUGGCGGCGGUGGAGAGCAUGUCUCAGGCGGACCGAGUGACGUUCGAUGGGCCGCUCGUGGACGGCCUCUCCGCGCCCCUGCAGCUCCCCAGCUUCCACGGCAAAGCCCUGCCCUGGCGCCGCAACAAGGCGCCCCCGCCUUUUGCUGCCGGCGCGCAUGUUGUGAAUGCCAUUUUGCAGGCGGAGCGUGAAGGGCACAAGGAAGGGGGGGAGGGCAGUUUUGCUCAGGGCGGCAUAGCAGGUGCGGGCUUGGCUGGAAGGGAGGCAGCUGCUGCAACGGGUGCUGGUGGUGGUGGCAGAGGAGGGGAGACUGACGCUAGAAAGGAGGGGUUACGUGUGGAUUCGGAAGGCGAGGGAAGGGCAGAUAAUGCGGCAGAUGCAGCUGCUGGUGCUGUGGGGACGGGAUUGGGCUUUGGGGGUCUUUCUGGUGGGCUGUCGCUAGCCGCAGCAUGGAGUGCAGGGGGCGUGGGGGCAGGGGACAUGGAGCUGCAGGAGCCGGUACAGCUGGAGGAGGGCGAAUCUGGUGGUGGGUCUGGCCUCAUGAGUGCCUUUGAUUCGCUCUUCUCUGCUUCCGCUGGUGCUGCUGGCCUGCCACUCUCACAGCAAUUUGAUGGCGGAAUCGCAUUUGGUUCCGUGCCUUCCUUGCAGCUGCAACCCCAGUUCCAGCAGUCGCUGCAGCAGCAGCUACCUUCCAAGCAGGUGGCUCAGGCGCAGGGAGGGGGCAGGAGAGAGGAGGAGGAGGAAGACGAAGACAGUGAGAGUGAGCGGGAGGAGAGGGAGAUGGAGGAGAGGGAGAGGGAGGAGAGGGAGCGGCGGGUGGUGGAGGAGCAUGGGAGGGCGGUGGCGGCGGUGGAGAGCAUGUCUCAGGCGGACCGAGUGACGUUCGAUGGGCCGCUCGUGGACGGCCUCUCCGCGCCCCUGCAGCUCCCCAGCUUCCACGGCAAAGCCCUGCCCUGGCGCCGCAACAAGGCGCCCCCGCCCUUUGCUGCUGGUGCCCACGUCGUGAACGCCAUUUUGCAGGCGGAGCGCGACGAGGCUGACGCCUCAGGGCACAAGGCGGGGGAGAGUGGCAGCAGCGAGCGGAACAAGAGCCCAACCGAAGCUUCCUCAUCAGCGUGCAAUGCCCAGCCCCCUGCAGGCGCCAAGGCAGCUGAGACAUCCCAUGCAGACACCGCAGCUUCAGCAUCACCUCCUCAGAGCCUAGCAGACGCGUUUGGGGGGCUGGCAGGGCUGUCCUCAGGAGCAGGGGGGGACGAGGAUGGCAUGAGCGGCGGGUGGGGGGGGUCCGGUGGGGGAGGGCUUGGGCUCAUGGGGUCGUUUGACUCGCUGCUCUCUGCGUCCUCUGGCAGCCCUGCUGCUGCAGGGCCCGGACAGCACGGUGCAGCGGCAGUGGGCCAGUUGCAGCCUCUCUCGCUCUCUCCUCUUUCUUUGCAAGCGUCGCCCGCCAUACCCCGCACCACACCCACCCAUCAGUUGACCACUCCGUUGCUCCCCCGCGCGCCCAUCCUGUCGCCCUUCUCCGACAAGCCAGCAGCAGCGGAUUCGCUGGAGGCGCUUUUCCAGGUGUCGAAGAUGCACGGGGGAAUCUCCCCCUCCAUUGACAACCGUCUCCUGCCCGCCUUCCCCUCGCCGCGCAUCCGCACCCCAUCGCACCUCUCGGGAGGAGUCUCCGCACCUGCUGCAGGGGAGCCUAGCAGCAGCUCAGACGGCAGUGCGAGGCUGGGAGCAGCUGGCGCCGCUCCGCCAGUCAUCCUUGCACCCUUCUCCAAUGUGCUGGCAGCAGGGGAUUCUCUGGAGGCGCUUUUCCAGGUGUCCAAGAUGCACGGGGGAAUCUCCCCCUCCAUUGACAACCGCAAGCUCGCAUCCUUCCCCUCGCCCCCCCUCCACGUGCCUCCACACUCAACUGCCACUCCCAACAGGGUGCCGCCAGGGGGUGCAGCAGGCAGCCUGGGCCUCCAAGCGACGGCUCGCAUGGCGUUUCCGCGCUCCACGUCUGCUCCCCCUGCGCAUGCCGCCAUUGACGCUGCAGCUGAUGCUGUGCUGCUGCAGCUGGACCUGCCGCUGCGCCGAACAGGCUCUGCUGAGUUGCAACCACUCUCCCCCACCUCCGCUCACCUGGAUGUCAACGCGCCUUCCGCUCUCGCCUCAUCUGAUUCCAGUUCUCCCGCUUUUGCUGCGCCACUGGGUAUAACUGCAGGUUCUUCCUCUUGCUCCUCCGCUUCCUUUGUCUCUCCAUCCGUCCCCUGCUCCUCCUCUUCCUCCUCGGCUGCCUCUGCUUUCUCGUCCACGGCGCCCUUGGCAGCACCAACAGCAACGGAUGCAGGGGAGGCAGGAGCGGGAGAAGAGCCAGGGCCCCUCUCAUCCCUGGCAGCGAAUUUUGCGUCUCUGCUUCUAGCCGGGUCGGGGCCGGGCAUUCCGCUUGACCAGAGCCCAUCCCCCCAUGGGCGCUUUGCCAUGCAAGCCAACAUCCCCCUCUCCCCGCACCUCGUCUCACCCUCCUCCCGCCUGCCCACAUCCGCAAUCGCAUUCCCCAGUCCAAAGCUAGCUAUGAGUCCCAAGGUGGCGCUGGCAUCUCUGGUGGGCCACCUGGGCCCUGUCAGCCCUCUCUGCGUCGCCUCCCCUGCCUCUCGCCCCUCUGCUUCGCUUCACCCUUCGCCGCCCGCAUCUCCUCUUGAGAAGCUCUUUAAUUUAUCCAUGGGCGCCGGCGCUGUGCCUCUCUCCCCGACCCUCAGUCCCAGUGGGUCCCGCCCAAAGACCCUCCUAGGCCUUGUUAAUCCCCGGGAGCCUGCCUCCGCCUCCUCCUCUUCAUUUUCCUCCUCGCCUCGCUCCUUUGCGGCUUCAAGCGUGCUGGGCAGUGAGGCUGGUAAUGCAGGGCUGGGGGGCAGUGCAGGGAGAAGCGGCAGUGCAAGGGCAGCAGCUGUGGCAGGGAGUGGUGUUGGUGGUGUGGGUGCUUCAGAGGGUGCUAGAGGCUCUGUGCUGAGACCCAGGCAAGAGAGCUUGGGGCAGCAGCAGCAGCAGCAGGUGGGGCAGGUGGAGCAGUCAGCAGAGGUGUACCGGCACGAGUGUGUUGGGCUGACGGACCUGGGUCCCCUGGGGGGAGGCGGGCAGGACGAGCGGCAGUUUCAGCUCGCGCUGCCCAACUUCAAACGCAAUGGUCCCGCCUUCCUCAGACGCGGCCCACAGUGCACCAACCAGACCGCACCCACGCCCACUGCUCCCUCCACAGCAUGUGCUGAGGCUUCCUCCUCCUCCUCCUCCUCCUCCUCCUCCUCCUCCUCCUCCUCCUCCUCCUCCUCCUCCUCCUCCUCCUCCUCCUCCUCCUCCUCCUCCUCCUCCUCUUCCUUCUCCUCCUCUAACCCUCUAGGCGUGUCCUCCCCUUCCUCCGGCCCUCUGACCUUCUCUCCGCGGCCCAUGCCAGCCGCCCUCCAGCCGCACCGUGAGAGUGCUGCUGAGAAGGCUGGGCCCAGAGGGGGGCAGCGCGAGCAGCAAGUGAGGCUUGGGGAGGGGGAGAGCACGGAGGGGAGUGACGAAGAGGGGGACGUUUCUGAAUGGUGGAUGCGCGCACCCACUCUGGGACCUGGCAACUGGGGUAUAGGCGAGGAUUCCGAUGCUGGCGCAGGAGAAAAGAGGGGCAGCAGCGGCAAGCUGGAGAAGUUAGCUGAGGAGGAGAGGGAAGAGGUGGAGAAAUAUGGGGUGGGUGGAGAGGAGGAGGCGGAUGGGGGCGAAGAGGGGCAGGGCGGGGAGGUGAGUGAGCAGGAGAAGAAAAGAGAAGGGGGAAAGGGAGGUGGUGCAGGGGGCAAGGUGGAAGUAGAUGUGGAGCGCAUGAUGGGCAUGCUGCAGCAGCUGCAGACGCCUCUGGCGGAUGUGCGCGCCGCACUGGAGGGUGGGGGGCGAGGAGCAGAGGAGUUUGAGGCUGCUGCACGGGCGCUGGAGGCGGACUUGAGACGGUUCCUGGAAGCCAGGAGGCACACGAAGGAUGAGGCAGGGGGUGAAGGGAAAGGGGUGGGGGGGACUAAGGGAAGCUCUGGCGCUGGUACGGGGGAGGCUGAACGGGCGGGCGGAGGUAGAGGGGGUGGUGGGAUGGGGCUGGAGGGAGAGGCGGUGGUGGUGGAGUUGCCGGGGCAAGGUGAUUCGAGCAGGAGUGGCGGUGCCAAAACUUGUGCAGAAACAGCUAGGAAUGGCGGAGCGGAAGGAGGUGAAGGGAGAGAGGGUACUGAUGUGGGAGGAGGUGCGGAGAAGGAGGGUUCUGGAACCAUCACAAAUAAGUUAUGCACUGCUGAGUCAAAACGCGAGUCUGCUGUGAGAGGCAAGCAGGGAGGCAAGCAGGGGAGGCAGGGGAAGGAGGUGGGGCAGGGAGCGGAUGUAGCAUCCGGUGCACCCGCACCCCCAGGUACAGACUCAGGUGUGUCCCCAGCAGCUCUACAGGCAGCUCUCACGCGGGAGCUUCAUGCACAGUCCAAUGGGGGAUCAGCCGCACCAGAGGUAAGCGCAGCAGAUGCAGCAGGUCAGGCAGGGAGUGGCAGGGCGAGCGAGGGCAGAGGUGGGAAGAGAGGGGAAGCAGUGGAGGUGGGAGUGGUGGGGGGGAAGGUGGUGCUGAGUGGCAAGAUCAGGGUGGGGCAGGAGAUUCAGUUCUCUGGCACGUGGUCGCCUCUGGGCCUGCCCCACUCCGCCUCGCAAUCCUCUGCAGCGGAAUCCGCCUCCCCAGGUGUGGAGGACAGUAGGCUGGGCGCUCCUGCUGCAGCUGAGGAGGUUGCUGGGAUAUCGACUGCUGGGGGGGAUCGACAGCAGCAGCAGCAGCAGCAGCGUCGGCGGCACAGGGAGAGGUCGCUACGCAAGCAGGAUAGAAGUAAGUCAGGGGUAGUGGUGGGUGGGGGCGGGGGAAUGGAGCGCAGGGCAAGGGGCAGAGAGCAGGAGGAGGACUUGCAGGAGGAAAGCUUGAGCGAGGCGGAGGUGGAGAGGGAUAGGCGGCGGCGCAGUGGGCGCAUGGUGAGCAGUAUUAGCGUGGGGGGCAUGGGCAUGAGCAUGGGCAUUGGCAUGAGCAGGAGCCACGAAGGCACUGUUGGGAGCAGCACAGGGAGUGCGGGGAGCGGGCGUAGUAAGAGGAAGAAGGACCGGUCGGGUGCGGUUGAGGCCGGUGGGGUGGAGUGGGCGAAGGCGGAUGCCAGGGACAGUGGUGGAGAUGCGAGCAGGGAGGGUGUUAAGGACGGUGGUAGGGAUGGGUUGAAGGAGAGUGGCAGGCGUAAGAAGGGCAGUGGGAAAGGUGCAGGCGUAGAUGGUGGGUCUGGGAAAGGCAAGGGUGAGUUGGGGGAUGGGCAUGGUGGUGGGAAGGCAGGGAGGCACGUGGGUGCUGCAGAAGGGGAGGUGGCACAGGUGCUGGGGGGGAAGGAGGGGAAGGAAGUGCGCGAUAGCAGGGACGGGCGGGAGAAGGAGGGGAAGGGAGGGAGUGAAGGGAAACAAUCAGAGAGUGCGUUAGGAGGGAGGAAGGAGGGGGGCAGGGGAGUGGAUGAGGGGGAGGAAGAUGAGGAGGACGUGUUUUAUGAUGCGCGGGAGGUGGUGAGCUCGCCUGCUUCAGAGGACGACAGAGGCAGCGAGCGGUCUCUCAGGCACAUCAUAGCCAAGGCGGUAUCCCCUGGCACGCUUCCUGCUGCUGCUGCUGCUGCUGCUGCAGUGGGGGUUGGGGUGGCGGAUGUGGAAGAAAAAGGGGCUGCGAAGCACGGGAAGGAGGGGAAGAGUGUCUCUGGCGUUGCGAGGACGCGCUCGGGUGUGAAGGCAAGGCUUGGGAGUGGCGACAGCAGCAAGGGACGGAGAAAGGAGCAGAAGGGCGCGGAGGAGAAGGGAGCACGGGACGAGCUGAAGAGAGGCGGUAGUGGCGUGGGAGCAGCAGGUGGAGGGGAGAGUGGAGCAGUAGAGAGUGAUGCGAGGGGCGGUAGUGAAGCAAGUGGUGGUGGUCGCUUAGAGGGUGCAGGGAAGAGCGGGCAGCACGCAGGUAAGGGAGCAGGGAAGCGCAGUUCCGGGGAGAGCGCGGGUGGAGGGAGAAAAGACGAGGAGGCAGAAGCAGGGCACGAGCGACGCAAGCACAAGGGGAAAGGGAGCAAGAAAGGAACAGAGGCGGUGUCGACAGGAAAGGCUGAGAAACCAGGCGGCUCGGCUGUAUCGUCACCCGCACCGUCCUCCACAUCUGGUGUCUCUAAAUCCCGCCCAGCCACGAGCAGUGGCAGCAGCAACCCUUCCUCACAGCCUUUGUCAUCAUCAGGUGCCCAGGGCCCUCCUCUGGCAUCAGCAUCCAUCCGUCGCACUGUGUCUGACCUCACAGAGGAGAUCAGUGCCCUCAAGGCCGCCACUCUCCUCAUCACCACGCCUGCUGCUGCUGCUGCUGCUGCUGCUGCGGCUGCGGCUGCGGCAGCUGCCAGUGGCGCCUCGGAUUCAGGCAAUGUGAGUAGCAGCGGGGAGAGCGAUGCCUUCAGUUUGGGUGUUGGGGCCGGAGGCGAGGGGCAGGGAGUGCAGGGGGCGCAGCUGUCGCAGCUGUUCACUCCAGCGUGCAGCACAGCAGCUGCUCGCAAGGCCCAGCGCACAGCCGCUGCCAUCUCUGCUCUACGCGAGGCGGCAGCACGGGAAGGCCCUCUGCCUGCUCUCGUCUGCGCCCCCCCCACACUGCCCUGUGAAGACGCUCCAACGCGGGAAGAGGCGUGGCGGCGGCUCGGCAGCAGGUGGAGAGGGCAGGACGACUCAGCUCUAGGCACAGACAGCGCUGCUGCUUUCUCAGGUGGCGAUGCAGCGAGCUUCCGGCUGUCAUCCCCGGCUCCCCUGGUGUCCCGUGCUGUGCCAGGCUUUGUGGCGCUCGACAUGCCUCCCGCCGCGGGUCCCUUCUCGUCCGCGCCACACAGCGCCACGGCCAUCUGGCACAUGCUGCAGCUCAACGCCGCUCCGCUGCUCUCAGGCCCGCCCACUGCCCUCAUCUCACAGUCCUGCUCGCUCUCCCCUCUGCACUCGUCAGGAAUGGGCCUGGCUGGAGAGCCGCGAUGGGGGUCGGGCACGUUGAGGAGCAGUGUGGAUGCGCUGCUGCAGCUGGGGCAGGAGGGGGGCGACCUGGAAUGGGUACCCGGCAGCUCUGCCGCCGCCGGAGGAAGCGGUGCUGCGGAAGGGACUGGUAGUGCCGCCGCCGCUGCUGCUGCUGCUGCCGCUGCGGCUGCGGUUGCAGCGUCUCAGCUGAGCCCGUCAGUGCGCAGCCCUCAGGCGGGUUCGGGGGCUGGAGCGGGGUGGAGGCUGGCGGUGCCGAUUCACCAACUGCCAGGGGAGAAGGAGGAUUAUGAGGAGGGGCAGGUGUGCCCACUCUCGCGCUCCAACAGUGCCAAUGUGGAGGCGCUACUGGCUGAUGCUCACACUGCUGCCGCCACUGCUGCUGCUCUCUCUGCUGCUGCUGCCGGGUUGCUGGGUGACAUGGGGACCAAUGGAGGCUCACCACUUAAGCCAAGCAGGAAGGCUGGAGUGGGAGUGGAAGGCGAGAGGGGCAUGGAGGAGGGUAUGGACGCAGGUGGUGGUGGGAGAAAGGCCAGGGGAGGGGUCAAAGGGAAGCGCAAGGAGAUGGCUAUAGCGGAGGAGGAGAGCGGGGCAGAGGAGAGCAUGCAGGCAGAUGCAGCAAGUAGCGACAGCAGUGUGGUGUUUGCAGCACCUGCUGCAUCAGGCCCUGCACGCAGCAGCAGCUCCAGCAGGCUGCGUUCCAUGAAGACCGCCCCUGCCGGCGCCCUGGCGUCCCUUGCAAGCUUCUUCUCCUCCAAGGCUAAGCACUCCCGCAGCGGCAGCACGGGCGAGGACGAUGCCCCUACUGCUGACAGUGGCGGCGCUGGCAGUGUUGACAACAAUGGGAGCAGUGGGAGCAGUAGGGUGACACGAGAAGGUAGUGUCGCAGCAGGGAGUGGUGGGAGUGCAGCAGAGGCUGCUGUUAGAGCCACACACCCCCAUGCACACUCACCUGCUGCUCAAGGCGCCAUGCCUGUGCCUCUUGCUGCUGCUCAUGCCCAUUCCGCCCCCAAUGCCGCUGCUGCAUUUUCUGCAAUGUCUUCUCCUGGCAAGGCCCCUCUUUCCCCACAGCAACAGCCUGCACCCGCAUCAGGGGCAGCAGGGCUUGCAGGGCUUGCAUCUGGCCUUGCUGCUGCCUCUGCCGCGGUAGGCGCAACUGGGGGAGGCUCGUAUGGGGCCAGGCAUGUUGUGGAAGGGACACGUGCAGGAGACAGCAGCCCAGGCAUUCACGACCCCUCCAGCAUCGCUGCUGGUAGUCCCAGCAUCUCUCUCUCCCGUGGCCUCUCCCCUCUCUCCCGCCCUGCCUCCUACGCCUCUGCUGUUGCAAGCGCAUCUGGUGCAACCACAGCAGCAGGUGCAGGAGCGGGUGGGGAUACAGGGUUGGGUUCUAGAGGUGUGGCAGCAGCAGCAGCAGCAGCAGCAGCGGCAGCAGCGCAGGCAGCAGGGGCGCAGCUGCCAGCAGCGGCGGGGAUAGGCUCAGAUGCAACGGAGGAGGAGUGGCGAGACGCGGGCAGCGGCAGCAGCAGCAGCAGCCCUGUGCGGUCAGUGCGGUCGUGCCAGUCGACGGGGAGUGAGGUGCAGGUGCAGCAAAUCGUGCACCACCACCACCAUCACCACCACCACCACCACGGCUUCCACCCCUUCCGCCGCAAGAAGGGGCGCAAGCACACAGCCGUUGAGACCGUGGUGCAGACCACAACAGUGGAGGAGAUUGGGGGGGAAGGGAGUGUGGGGGGCAUGUCAGGUUCCCCAUCCAGCAGCAGCUUCAUGAGUGCGAGCAGCUUCAAGAGCCAGAGCAGUGUGGCGCAGCUCAUUCCCCACCAGCGCACCAACAGCAGUGGCGGCAGCAGCACACGCGGCGCCUCGCCUGGCAGCAGCCGGGCGAGCACUGCUGCCUCUACGGGUGGGGCUAAUGGUGCUGGUGGUGCGAGGGGCAGCACGGGCGGCAGCAGCAACGGUGGGGUGUCGUCGCGGUCGGCGUUUCAAGACUCGGUGGGGGCAGCGCUGAGUGGUGGCGAGUCGGAGGCAGACAGUGACAUGGACGUUAUUGAUGAGCAGGUGGGCGCACGUGUACUCACAGGUACGAGGAGCAGCAGGUGGCAUCCUUGA